AUGGCAUCUACCGAUUUUACGUUCUUCUAUGGUCUCAAACAACAAGAUUCGUACGAACGCUGUGCCCGUGAGGUGGCAAAAGACGUACAGGACCACGUGAAUAUGAAAGACAAGCCCAGAAGCUUGCUAAAGCCACAGAGCGCCGGCCACGAUGGGUACAACCCCACCGAUUCUGAUGAUCUCAGCGCAAUAAAGAUAUUAACGCAAAUGAAGAACGACGACGUUAGAUUACCGACGACGUUCGACGUCGACUAUGGUACUCUGGGCUCGCCACUUGCCGGCGAAAGGUGGAAUCCCUCAGGCCUUGCGCCAUCACCAGACCGCCAUUACGAGCUUCUGCAGAUGUCGCAGAAUCAAUUGGCAGACUUGCCGAGCUCAGAGCUCGAGACAAAGAGUGUGAACGGAAACGGAGCGAUGGGGCCGGUCGACGAUUUGGAAGUCCCACACAAGACGCCGUCGCCCAGUCUUGGGCGCAUUAUUUACAAAGAAGCUGAGACGUCAGAAGGGCUACCGAUCAUCCCGGACCCGAUCGGCACUGACGAUACUGACAGAACCCGGAAAAAGGCUCAUAUGCUGGACGGCAAAAUAGAGCCAUCCCAACUGCUGCGCGGCCACUUGGCGUGUAUUCAACAUAAAUUCAAAAAGUUGGAGCAGAAAAAUACUACAUUGAAAAAGGAAAACGCCAGCUUAGACAGACUCGAAGUCACUCGCAGAGGCAGGGACAUGCAGCGAUGGGGUUGGCUACCCUCCAUCAGGCGGGCGGCCGCGCUGGCCAAGAACCCCCGCUCAACUACGGUGGGCGAUCGUGAGCUGGACCUCAAGCACGUCGGAUCCACCGUGCCUUUGCAGGCACCCUUGUAG